AUGGAUCCUUCAAGGAUAAGACAGAAAAUCGGUCGCUUUCGAAUCCUCGUCAUAGGAAGAGUGAAUGCAGGAAAAACUACUAUCUUGCAGAGAGUUUGCAACACACGGGACAAGCCAGAAAUAUAUAACAGCGCUGGAGAAAAGGUGGGCAUUACAAUGCUAGUAAGGUGCACUCCUAGUCGAUGCCAUGAACUGACGUGCUCUCAGUGCAGAGUGCACAAUAUUGAAAAUGAAAUGGUGUUUCAAAGCCAUCCAGGCUUCAUUUUUCAUGAUUCACGCGGUUUUGAGCCAGGCAGCGCAUACGAAUUUGAAAAGGUCAAGGCAUUCAUCGCAAGCCACUUCAAGGAAACAAAAAUAGCAAAUCAACUCCAUGCUAUCUGGUAA